CUAAAUUAUGGGAUUGGCCCCUCAGUCUGCGAGUCUGCUACUUUGAUUGGGUCUUAACAAUACUUCCCUUGAACGAAACACCCUGCAGCCAAUAGCUCAACUCAGCCACUAGCACGGCCUCUCAGCUUCGCUUCUAUCUAGUUACUUAUUCUAUCGUCCGCCAGAACGUAUUCCUAUUUAUCCCUCUUUCCUUUGCAAUACGAGUCACAUACCAGCUCAUUUCAUCUAUGGUAUAAUCGUUAACGGAAAAAUGGUCGACCCCGUUGGCAUUACGGGAACAGCCGUUGGCAUAAUUUCGCUCUGCGUCCAGGUAUACGGCGGUAUAAAUAGCCAUUUGGAUGAUUUCAAAGACCGAGACUCUUACGUCAUUCGAGUGACAACCUAUCUAAAUCGCCUACGGGACUUGGUUAGAAUAAUUGAAUCCGUUGCUCCAUCCUUCCAAAAUGAACAUUCUACCCCGAGCCAAAACGUCGUCCUUUGCUUACGGGACUGCGAAGUCCAAUUGAGAGCCCUAGAUAUCGAAGUUCAGAAAUACCAGUCUACACCUUUUACGGAUUUCAAAGGAAAGCUCAAGGAGACCAAGAAGAGAUUUCAAUUCCCUUUUGGCCGCCCCGAAUUAGAGAAACUAGCUGAUCAUUUGGACCGAAUAAAUGGCCUCCUCUUAGUAGCAAUUCAGGGACUAGGCUUACACGUUCAAUCCGAAAGCAGAGAUAAGCUCAUAGAGCUUGGAAAUUCGAGCCGAGCUACAACAAUUGAGCUAGCGACUGUCCACAGCAAGCUUAACGAGAUCCGUUCCAAAGGGGACAGCCUUGAAGAUAACUUGAAAGGAAGUCAAGUCGCCAUUGCGGCAAUAUCACAAGAUAUACAGGCCCUGUCACUUAUCGACACCAAGGUCCAUCCAUCAGCUCCUCAAAUCGAUCAGAUACAGGCCGACGCCUCCUCUAGUGUGACUCUUCUACACGAGUUAACUGCAAACCACCAGAAAAACACGUCGAAACUCGAAGAAAUGAUAACAGAACUAAAAGGCGCCAUAGUUCAAACUAAUCAGACAUCACCUGGAGAAAAGUUCUUUCAGAUGUUGAUGUCGAAGCCUGACUUUCUCAGGAGUUGUCAAGAUGGUUUUGCCGCUACCCAUACUGGCCGAGCCAAUACUCGAGAACCAGGCCUUCCUACUCUGCAACGUGGCCAAAAACGUGUAACAAAUAGCUGUGUGUGUCGUUACCGUCGCCAAAAAACCCGGCAGCUCUCUGGGUGGCGCUUCUUGGCACGUUUUGACGAGAAGAUUAUUUGUCUUCGCCACGAGCCUGGGUGUCCCAGGUUUCGGGACUCGCAGGUAGAAAAGCAGCACACGACUGGCGUCAUCUUCACAGGUUUGCAUUGCAUACUGGACGUCGCAGUUGAGGCCAGUUUUACGCGGAAAACCGGUGCUGGUGGUGCUGGCAUCAGCCCCGUGUUUCGAUAUUACGGCAUGGUAGAUACAUGUCGAUCUCCAGCAUUUCGUAUCAUCCGGGCUAUGGUAUAUUUCUGUUCAUGGAUCGCCAUUUGCGAAAAUAAAGAGGGUGCCAGUAUUGAAUUAGCUCUUCGGAAGAUUAUCUGUGAUAGCACAUCAAGGCUACAGAGCAUCUUUGCUUCCGGACAUUCGUUGCCGACAGACGUUAACAUAUAUGGGCAAACAUUAAUUGGGACGGUUUUAGCAGAAAUGUCUCCUAGAAGCAUAAUACCGCUUUACAUCACUCAUCAAGCAGUAUUAGCACUGUUAGGCCUAAACGUGCCCUGUAUAAUCAGUGCACGUGAUAGAUUAUAUUCCUCUGGUAUAGGUCGUUGUGUCGCGUUGGCGAACCGCCGCGUGGAUUACGUCGUAGACACAUUGGCCCCAUUAUUGAUUCAGAAUCAACCCGAAGAUUGUAUUUGUGGGCUGCGUUGGUAUUGGAUGCUACGGGAGCAUAAUAAACGGCGUUGCCUUUUUGAGCCAGAAGGUAUGGCUGAAGCACUUGGUCUUGACAGUCCUUUGUUUGAAGCUCUAAUUCAAAAAGAUGAACUGUUACUUAAACAUGUUCUUCUAACACUACCAAAGUUGCCCGACUCGUUUAUGUCAAAUGGACUUUCAGCACUCCAUAUCGCAAUCUUUUGGCCGCAAGGACUGAGAAUGAUUCUUGAUUCCCAUCCAGAUAUCGAUCUAAGUAUGAGAUGCGAUGAUUGCACCCCGUUGAAAUUGGCUAUACACUCAAGCGAGGAGAUGUGUCACGAAAAAGGUAGAUUAUGCCGAAAUUGUCCUUGUGCUGAAUCAACCAAAAUAUUGCUGGAUUCUGGAUGCAAGCUUUCUUAUGAUGCUAUCGCAUGCCUGAGUGAGAAGAGCUCGCCAAAAGUCGCCCAGACUGUGCUGAGUCAUAUUAAAUUAUGGCGAGAAAGUUUGAUGGAACUAGCUGAAAGGGAGUUUGUCUACGAAAAACAACAAGUCGGCCUUCACAGCUCAUUUGUUUUGGACCACGCAGCAUCCAAUAUAAUCCAAAAACUUGAAUCGAGGGGAAUUUCCCCUUUCAGAGAAUUUCAGUUGGAUCAAUACGAUUAUCGUCUCCAGCCACGAGGCCCUCACGGCUCAGGUUCUAUCUACCACGAUUUAUUCGCGAACAACUUCAUACCUAUAAGUAAUAGCCGCCUCAAAGCUGAUAUUGCCUUCGACCUCGGUUUCAGAGAUAUAGACACGUUCUAUGAUCAGAUGACGCCAGUUAUGCUACCACAUUUACCAUCGGACCUUAGUGAGUGGUUUGUCGCACAUGGCGCAAACACCACUCACUUAGUGCCGUAUAAUUGGUACGUUUAUGAUCUAGAGGAAAGGUUGCCUCAACGAACUUUCCGACACUCAGUCCGAUCUGAGCUUCCGCGACAUACAAUUUCUCAUCGCUUGAUGAAAAGAGUUGGGGAGGCAUUGGCACAAUAUUGUGAUGACUUGGAAGUGCCAGAGUGCUUGUCGUACAUGAUAAGCCUCACUAGCAGAUUUAGUACUCUGCAAACAGGUGAUGGCUGUCAAUGCGGUUGCUGUGGCCCGGAAGGUUGCAUUCCAUUCAAGUUAAUCCUAGGAAGGACAUUCUCAUUUCUAAGGGAUAAUAUGAUGGAAAGUAUCUGCGAUGUCUUGGACUGUGUCUUCUCCAUUCCGGGUACUCUCGAAAUCAUCGACCCAGCUCCACCUGUCGCGAGCGCGAUAAUACGAGCACUCACAUUCGAAGCCUUAGAGAUGAGGCAUACAUGUUGCGAGACCAUAUUCGAUGAAUUCCAUGAAUUCGAUGACAGGAAAAGUUUCGACGAGUUCUUCGAAUCUUAUGGCGAUGAUUUUCUCGACAUACACGAUGAGGAUAAAACCCUCCUAGACGAGCUUGACGAUAUUGUGGCAGAAUUUAUGGACGAGUUCCAUUCUCAGGGGCGUCCCCUCUUGAAGUUCCUCCGGGGCCAUUGGAUGGAUCGUAUGGUCCAGAUUAGAGAGGAGAAAGAAAAUAGGCGCUUGACUCAAGAAGAAAGAACGGCCGUUAAGGAAUUAGGAGUAAUGCUUAUUGAGGAUUCAAAGGGUAGUGUCAGGCCAAUAAUACAACAGAAAUCCAUAGCAGAGAUACUGGAUACUUUCGCUCGCCGAAUGGAUGAUAUCCACAAGUAGAUGUUCACUGAAGAAAGAGAUACAAGCACUGACGAGCUUCGAAUGAAGGAAGCGGGUUAUUUAAACUACUUAGUUAUAUUAUUGUUGUUUUAGGGAGUGGGCAUUUCUUACCUCUUUCACUUUCAAUCAAAUUAGAAAUAUCUUCGGAAACAGGGAAGCCCCAGUCAGUGUCAACCAUGUUUACCGCCUUACCUACCUACCUUUUACAGUCUAUUAGGUACUUAGGUACCUAGUUU